CCUUUUUUCUAAAAAUCACGAUUCAAUCCAUUCUUUCUCUCUGCUAAAGGACGCCGUACGGCUCCGCCAUAAUCUCGCUGAGAUAGCACGCUCUAUUCGGUCCCCGGGAGAUUUCCAGCUUCAUUCCUUAAUAUAUUGGAGGACUUUAGGGAACAAAAAUGGCUGCCUUGUUGUCCAAUGAUUCGAUGCAUUUUGCAAUGCACGAAGGCGGUCCCCAUAAUCAGUCUAAUAAUCAUCACGAGGAAAAUAGUGGUCGCUGGUAUUUUUCUAGGAAAGAAAUAGAAGAGAACUCACCAUCGAGAUCAGAUGGCAUUGAUCUGAAGAAGGAGACAUAUCUGCGGAAGUCGUAUUGCACGUUCCUGCAGGACUUGGGUAUGAGACUUAAAGUGCCCCAAGUUACCAUUGCAACAGCUAUUAUCUUUUGUCACCGCUUCUUCAUUCGUCAGUCUCAUGGGAAGAACGACAGGAGGACGGUGGCAACAGUCUGCAUGUUUCUUGCCGGCAAGGUUGAAGAAACUCCUCGUCCUUUGCAAACUGUCAUUAUUGUUUCCUACGAAAUCAAUUACAAAAAGGACCCUAAGUUAGCACAGAGAAUCAAACAGAAGGAGGUGUAUGAACAACAGAAAGAAUUAAUCUUAACAGGGGAACGUGUAGUCCUUGCAACUCUUGCUUUUGACUUCAAUGUGCACCAUCCAUAUAAACCACUUGUUGAGGCAAUAAAGAAAUUCAAAGUUGCUCAAAAUGCACUUGCCCAAGUUGCAUGGAAUUUCGUAAAUGAUGGGCUUCGGACAUCUCUCUGCUUGCAAUUUAAGCCCCAUCACAUAGCGGCAGGUGCCAUUUUUCUUGCUGCUAAGUUUCUCAAAGUAAAGCUGCCAUCAGAUGGCGAGAAGGUUUGGUGGCAGGAAUUCAAUGUUACCCCACGCCAAUUAGAGGAGGUGAGUAACCAAAUGUUAGAGUUGUACGAACAAAAUAAAUUGCCACCAUCCACAGGAGGCGGGGUUACUCAGAAGCCACGAGCUCCAGAGGUUAACCAAGAACAUGGCACAAAUGACAGCGAUUCUCAUGUUGGUGCUGCUACUUCCAGAUCACAUACCUCAAACCUUGCAUCAUCAAGACCCACUUCGGAUCAUCCAAGAACAUCCCAAGAUCAAAGUAAUGACGAUGGAAGUACAGAUAGAAAUAAGGAUAUCAAUUCGGAUGUUGAGAACAAUGAUGACCAGCAUUACGAAUCAGAAAUUGGUGAAACAAAAUCAACAUGUGGUCCAACUAAACACGCCGAGGAAGAUGAAGAAAGAGGCGGGGGGAUUCUGGAAUACAGAAGUCAGACGCCUAAGGAUGCCAUAAAAAAGAUAGAUAAAGAUAAGGUUAGGGGCCUUAGGGCAGCUCUUGAGAAACGAAAGAAAGCACGUGGUGGUGAUGUAACUCGAAGAACAGAUUUCAUGGAUGACGAUGAUCUGAUUGAGAGGGAACUAGAAGAUGGUAUAGAAUUGGCUGUUGAAUCUGAGAAAAGCAAACUAGGAACAAAUGAUUUUUCUAAACCUUCAAAGCUUAUUGAUGAUGAUUUUGAUUCUGAUCUAGUGGAAGAAGGGGAGGUGGGAAUGUUGGAUGAAGGUGACAUGAGAGGGACGUCACCCACGGCUAGUAGCCGGAAAAGGAAAGCUGGCGGGACACCGCCACCUGACAAACGAAGAAGAAACUAGAAGGGUGUCUGAAUUGUACUGAGUGAGGUUCUAGUGUUUUACAUAAAGGUAAUGCUGUAAUGGUGUUUAUGAUCCUUGUAUUUAAAUGAGAAUAUGAUCAUUGGUAGCCUUGGAUGUGCCAACUGUUCGUCCUUCAUGUACUUGCUGGAACCAAAUUUUGGUUGUGUAUGCUUUCUGGUCAUGAAAUGGCAUCGUUAAGUUAUGAAAAUGAAUAACCUCAGUUAUUUCCCA